GCUCACGGCGCCGUGGGGGAUCCUGGCGGGAAUCCUCCGCCCCCUUGACAUCGACGGUCUCAUGGCCCUAUAGCCAUCUCUAUCCUCAUUUUCACUGACCGACCAUGUCGCUCUCGUACUUCCCGCCGGGGGUCAUAUACCUCCAGGCGUCGUCGAAGGAAGGGAGCUCGCAAGAGCGCAGCGUGAAGCUCACGAACCAUGGCCAGAGCACCGUCGUGUUCAUGGUACUCAACAACAACCGGACGGACUCUGCGUCGUAUGUCGUCCCCGGAGCAGGCAGCGUCGACCCCGGACGCAGCACAGAAGUGAAGAUCGUUCUCCGCCCAGGGGCCGUCAUGGAGUCCCAUCAGCAGCAAUUCAUGUUCAUGUCCUCCGCCGUGCAGGCUGGGUACACCGAUCGCCCAGCAUUGGACCUCUGGGCACACAAAGCCCAUCUCGAAGGCGAAAUACAUACCCACAUCGUCAAGGUGCGAUGUGACCCGACCGCGGACGACAUGGAGGACCGCAGCGACCGUCUCGUCUCGUCCCCCUCACAUCAUGUCGCCUUCCGUGAAGGCGGGACAAGCUCGAUGAAACUGUCGUUGACGAACAAGGCGCCGGAUCCAGUUGUCUUCCAGGUGCUCAUCACCGAUUCGACUAUUGUUUCUGCGAAACCCAACGCAGGCAUGAUAGGCUCGGGAUGGACUACCAAGGUCACCCUUAGUUGUGUUCGGUGGGAGCGCUUGACAGAGAUAUCUCGACGGCAACUGGACACUGUCAAGCUGCGAAUUGUCUUCACCGUCCUACCCCGCGACAAGAUCAUACGGCGCGACGAUAAGAAGGCCAUCCGCGCAUUCAUCGCCCUCCAAUCCCUCGGUGUGCAGUACAAGACCCUCACCCUGAGCACGGACCCCCUCGCGGGCAAGCCAGCAGUGGCGCACAUCGAGGAGGCCGCAGCUGACGCAGCAGCAGACAACUCCGACGAGGACGAAGAGGAGGAGACCUUCGUCCUCUGCCCUGAGAAGCUCAAGCGGGAGGACAACAGCGCGGACGAGGCGACGCUCGUCAACUUCGACAGUCAAGCACCCCCGCGGCGCAGCAGCAGCGGCGGCCUGAUGCGCAGAUUCACGGCGUGUUUCUGCAGGCCGUGCGCGUGUCCGAGUUGACCAUGAUUGGAGAGCGCCACCGACGCGUCUGAUGUCGAAGACACGGGUGGCAUAGAUGUGAUGCUCUGUAUUUUUUCCUUUUCCGUGAUCCCUCCCUCCUUGUUUUUGUCAGGACCCAGAUACCAUUCAUGUUGUACAACAGUAAUAAUCGGGAUCGGCUUUUCUUCGCAUUAUGCAUGGGUCGAUGAUAUAGCCACUUCGCGGAUCUGGCGCUCAUGCAUUAUAGCAUCUGCGUUUCCGAAGAUCCCAUCCGCCGUCUCGAUGUCGUCGAACC